ACUAUACAUUUUAAAUGUCAUUGAUAUCUGUUAACUUCCGAGCAUUGUCACAUCAAAAGCAUUAAGGUAUUAAAACGGAUACUAUGCUCAGUGUUAUCUGUGUAUUCAUCUGUAACCUCCAUAUUAAUCUAAAUACAUUUUCAGUCCUUUAAUUUCGGUACAUUUAUCAAACUUAAAGUAUUAGUACGUACAGAUGGAUGUUUGGGGCUGUUUUAUCUUGUUUUACGGCAUUAUUAUCUCUUUCCUACGUGUGCGAUCGCAGCAACCACCCGGAUAUAUUGGGUGUUUCCGUAUGGGCACAUUUGGGAAAAUUACUGUACGGUCAAUACAAGUUUACAAUAAUGGUACUUACUGUAUUGGUUUUUGCAAGUUUUCAAAACACAGAUUUGCCGGAACACAGGGUCAUAUGUGUCUGUGUGGCAACACUAUUCUGGUAGAUGCCAAACUACCCUAUUGUGAAUAUGAAUGUCCAGGACACAUAGCGGAGUUCUGUGGAGGCGUGAAAAAGAUGUCAGUUUACGAAAUACAGC